AUGUUCAGAAGACUCGCGGUCCAGCUCCGCCAUCUCGGCCCGGCCCGAUCCGUUUCCAACCGGACUUGUCUGGCCGCCGGGCCGUCCAAGGCUCCGGAGAAUGUCCUUCGUUCAUUCCCCAUCUUGUCUCGCCAUUUCAGUACUGAAUCUGGGAAUGUGACCAAAACAGUAGAGGAUGUAAUGCCGAUUGCUACUGGUCACGAGCGUGAGGAGCUCGCGGCAGAGCUUCAAGGGAAGGACAUACUGGAAAUUAACCACCCAUCUGGUCCAUUUGGAACGAAGGAAGAACCUGCUGUGGUCAAGUCCUACUAUGACAAGAGAAUUGUCGGAUGCCCUGGAGUUGAAGGCGAGGAUGAGCAUGACGUUGUUUGGUUCUGGCUGGAGAAGGGCAAGCCACAUGAAUGCCCAGUAUGUUCUCAGUACUUUGUGUUGGAAGUGGUUGGCCCUGGUGGAUCUCCCGAUGGGCAUUCAGACAAUGAUGAUCAUCACCAUUGA